AAUCAUAAUCAUGUUUGCUGAACACCCCCUCACUUGGCAUUGAUUUUUUUUCUCCUUAUUUUGAACUUGUUUGCCUGCGAAAUAGAAAGUGUGGACCUGCCAGACUUGCUUGCGACUCCGGACAUCGAGCGGCGGCUCCAACACCACACUACCGCUUUCUUAAUCUCUGCCUGCCGGAGCUCUCACUCCACCGCCUUCGCUCCCACCAAUCACCACCAUGACGGAUCGCCGACGCAUCAACGGUCCGCCAGAGGGAACCACACCGCUAGAAUUCCUCACCGGCUUCACACAUCAAUCCGUAAUUAAACGUUCACCAACCACUCUCCGAAAGAUCUGUUCGUCUCCUCCUUCUCUCCUUCCUCUUUUCAAUCGAUAGUUAACCAAUCUCUCGCUCCUCCAGUUCUGAAAACUAGCCUAACACCACCCGCAACGGGCUCCGCCUUCCUAGAACUCCCAACACCCUCCAGCCCUUCAACACCCACGCUAAAACUCACAGCAAGCGUCUAUGGUCCCCGGCCCUUGCCUUCGGCAACUGCCUUCUCCCCAAACGCGCGUCUGACUGCGGAACUCAAAUUUUCGCCCUUUUCCACUCCUGGCCGUCGUCGCGGGUACAUUCGUGACGGCGUAGAGCGCGAUCUUUCCGCGCAACUGUCUCUUGCGCUAGUGAAGAGCGUAGAUGUUGGAAAAUAUCCCAAGAGUGCGAUUGACGUUUUCGUUAGUGUGCUAGACUGUGAGGGCGGUCUUGGAGAUCCAGGUGAUGGGAAGGGUGGUGGAGGAGUGGAGGUGGGAUUGAUGGGCGUGCUUGCGGCUGCAAUUAGCUGCGCUAGUGCUGCUAUUGCAGAUGCUGGCAUCGAGUGCUUCGAUCUUGUGGCUGGGGGUGUAGCCGGGGCGAUGCUGGAGCGGGAUGGGGAUGUCGAGGUGGGCCGUGUUGGUGAGGGUGGGGAUAGUGGUGGUGCCAGGCCCCGCGGGGAACAUGCCAGAAAAGUUACUUUAGUACUAGACCCUAGUCCUGCCGGCGACUACGUUAUUCUUGCCGCAGCUGCCGUAGGGUACAUGGCUGCUAAGGAUGAGCUCACUUUAGUCUGGACAAAAGGAUCGAUGUCCCCGAGCUCUGACGGCACCGAGGAAACGGAGAGACUCAUUGACGGGGCUAUUAGGGCUGCGAUAGGUGUCAGGCUUGUCAUUAACGAGGCGAUCAAGGAGAGGUGGUUGCUUGGCUUGAAUGAGAUCGGCUUGAUAAAGGAGAAGGGAGUUGGUGGUGAUGGGGAUACAGCUAUGGACUAAUUACUGGAGUCAUUAGAUUUAAUUUAAUUUCUGCACAUGAUUUAGUGGGCGGUCUCCGUUGGGCACAGGAGAUUGGAGAGAUGGGGUUUAAAGGGCAAACGUCACGGAAUAGACCGGGAUAUCUGGGGUGUAGGCUGGGGAAAUAGCUGGCGAGUGCUAGGGAGAGGAAAUAAGGGUGGAAAGUGGUGUGUAUCAGAACGGCUUUGCCAAUGGUAUCAUGUGAGGUCACUCGAUAACGGGACAAAUGACCUUGUUGUCAGUAUGACAUAGGACACGGUGCUAAGACUUCCUGAUAGGAAAGGAAGAGUUGCGAGAAGAUAGGAACUGAGUGAAAGAAGAAGGAUAUGCUGAAAUGAAGGGUAUGAGAUGGAUAUAGUAGAUCGAGCCAAAUGAGCUGAAUUGAGGUGAAGGACUGCUUUAUGGGAUCCGAAGUACUUGUAU